AUGAAAAAAAGCACAGCCAAAGGAAUACCGUCUAGUAUGGAGUGGAAUGACGUCAAGGCGGAAGGUGCGGAUAGUGUAUGUGACUUGUUUGCGGAUUUCUUUAGCAGUAUUUAUCAGGAAGUGGACACAUUACUACAAGAGGACAUCACAUUCUCAUUGGAGCGACUGAAAAAUUGUAAUAGCAACUUGGAAGAUCUUGAAAUCACCUUUGAUGAAUUAUUGAAAAGGAUGUUAGCUCUUGAUCCUAGCAAAGGCCCAGGCCCAGAUGGUAUUUCGAACUUCUUUCUAAGAGAAUGUGCUGUGGGUUUGUGUGAACCACUGAGCUUUCUGUUAAACAAAUCAUUAAAAUUGGGAAUUUUUCCCAAUUGCUGGAAAGAUGCAUACGUAGUACCUGUAUUUAAGGCUGGAAGAAAGAUUUGA